GAGCUGUUCUGUAUACAACUUUGAGCAGUUCGAGUGUCCGUGCUUCUCGUAUUUGAAUCGUUACGCCAUUUUUGAAUGCGUUUCUCCUAAUGUUUUGCUACAUUCAGUCCCAUUUUUAGAACAUAAGUUUUCUGAUCUCCAGUUUUUUUCACCCGUUUUGAUUUUUUGCCAGUGCUUGUCGCCGACGUUAACGAACGGUGUAUUCUCAGAAUAUCCUGAGAAAAUUGAAAUGCAAGACAGGCAACAUGACCUUUCGUCUGCCUCACUGGCACGACUGAACCAGGAAAAGAAUAGUAACCUUGAAGGUAACAAGUGCGGAUUAUGUAAUUUUUACCCGACGUGGUUGCAAAGGUUUGCCAAUCCUCGCUCCUUCCUUGUCUGCUUCUGCAUCAAGAAUGUUCUUCAAGGCAUGAUAUUUACGUACAUCAUUGGAAUAGAGACUUCAAUUGAAAGACAUUUCCAGUUCGAUGGAAAAACGAUAGGAAUGUUACUGACCCUCGGAGAAGUAGGCCCCGUAAUUACGGCUGUUUGGAUAAGCCAUUUAGGCUCGAGAGGUAACAAGCCGUUAUGGAUGGGAAUGGGCAUGCUGUUGAUUGCUGUUUCCCUUUUUUUCUGCUUUACGAUGUAUUUACUGUUUCCUCCCCCACCAUCGUUGAUUAGCAGUGAAAUUAACAGCCACCUAAGUGCACAUGGAAGCCAAAAAGCAGAAACGUUUUGCAGGAGCAACGUAACGCAAAAUGCAACCGCGUUUGAUGACACGCUCUGCACUAUAAACCCUGUCACUCGUCGAUGGGCAUUUGCUGCCUGGGUUUUUAUUUAUUCUCUCAUGGGUAUAGGAGCAACAACUAUCUACGUCAUCGGUGCACCUUAUUUGGAUGAUAGCAUACCGAACAAUGAUUCUCCAUUUUAUUUUGCCAUCACCAUUGCAGUGCGAAUCAUCGGACCCGUUUUUGGCUAUUUACUUAGUUCGUUCUGUUUGAAAUUUUAUGUCGAUAUCGGAAAGCGCCCAGGUUGGAAAUCUGACGAUCCCCGUUGGAUUGGAGCUUGGUGGCUUGGUGCAUUGAUUCUCGCAGUUCUUAUAGCACUGUUUGCUUUGAUCCUUGCAUCUUUUCCUCGAGUCAUGAAAAGAAACGACGCCGCCGGGAAUAUGUCUAGUUACGCUGUAGGGGACAUGACCACUUCUAGUACUGCCACACUAGAACUACGCGAACAUCAGAAUCCGAACGUGAGCUCAUAUACAAACGGAAAUCGAUUAGCAGAGUUCAAACAAGCACUUCGUCGUCUACUUCGCAAUCCGAUUCUUCUCUGUUCAUGUGGUAGCAGCAUUUUUACCAUUCUUGGACUUGCUGGCUACUUUGUUUGGUUACCCAAAUACUUUGAGCAUGAAUUCCGCCUUAGCAAGUCCAACGCAGCAAUGUAUUCAGGUCUGUCGGGUAACGUUACCAUGAUUUUCGGGGUCCUACUAAGUGGUUACCUAAUGAAAAAGUACCAUCCAAGUUCGGGUCAAGUAGCUGCAAUUGUAGCGGUUUCAAAAUAUGUCUAUGCCUUUGGUUUAUUGCUAAUCAUGCUGUUGUCUGACUGCAAUUUUAUGUCUGACCUACCAGGAUCGUUGCAGAUGAAUGGCAGUUUAAAAUUAGACACAGAAUGCAACGAUAGUUGCAAUUGCGGUACUGUUCAGUUUUUGCCAAUAUGCUUCCGAGGGACUUCUCACCAGCAAACUUAUUUUUCUCCAUGUUAUGCGGGCUGCAGAGAAGUGUCGUCUUUCAAUGGAAGCGUGGACUACGGUUCCUGCAUGUGCGACUCCGUAUCAUUAGCAACCCCAGGAUAUUGCAUGGAGACCUGUUCUAAUGUAUACGUUUAUAUGGUGCUACUUGCAGUUAUUAAACUUGUAGUCUCUGUAGGCGCAGUAGGCAACCUGAUAAUAGAUCUCAGAUGCGUUGAAGAAAGGGAUAAGGCUCUGGCGUUAGGGUUUUUGGCUACUAUGUCCGGACUGUUAGGAUUUCUACCCAACCCUAUCAUCUACGGAAGUCUAAUAGAUUCGUCAUGUUUAGCGUGGGAAGCUUCGUGUGGAGAGAGGGGUAGCUGUUGGGUUUACAAUACCGACGAAUUCAGGUACAAGCUUCAUGGGCUCACAUCUGCUUGCCUUAUGAUAGCUGGGGCAUUUGAAGUUCUGACUUACUUUAAAGUCAAAGGCCUUUUACUGUUCAAGAACAAAAAUUCUGAAUCCUAAUUAUUAAUUAACAUUUCUGUAUUUUUUCAGCACUUUUCUUUGUACAUGUUUUCAUUUUUAACCACUUUUAAAAAAGAUUACAUCAUCUGCAACAAUUGAA